CUGUCCUUAUCCUCCCUCCUACACACUUCUUAUACUCGUACACAUUGCUCUCAUACUUCUCAGCAUACCAGUAUCACAAGGACCGCGCUCGCGCCCUUCCUACCCACACCACGCCGGUACGCUUCGCCCCAUCCUGCAAUCACGCUUUCCGCCUGUCGACGAGACCAAGCCUUGGACGUCAAGCAAGACAGAAAAAGCACGAGCGAAGCGACCAGCAUGGCACCGGCUAUGGGAGAUGUCCACCAAAGUGAUGUUGAAGGAGGGAGAAGUCGCGAAGCCCCCGACGCGCUGAACAACGACACGGGCCUUCCCGGCGCAACACCAGCAGUGCAGCCAGAGGCAACGCAGCAGGAAGUGCCACGACACGAAAAUGGCAUUGGCAAUGGCCCGCAAGUGCGCGGCACCAAUAACGGUCUGGAGAUUGUCUGUGGACCGUUGCUGAACUACAAGCACAUGAGCAACGAGUUCUCCGACCAUCCGCAGUGGCAUGGCAGUGUCCUGAUUGUCACGCCACCGGGUCAGCAGCCUGGCCAGCUCUCACUCCACUGCACUGGUGCGUGGACUGGCGCCGCUGCUACCACCAACGGCAAUGGUCACGUCAAUGGUUAUGGCAAUGGCACUUCUGCCUCUCAGGAGCGCACGUUUCCCGCCGAGAGGUUGUACGAGGAUCCUAAGAAAGCCUUCUGGCGCUAUGUGAUCGAUGUGCCAUUUCAAGAGCAGGAAUCUACGUGGCAGUACAGCAUUCCGAAUAUGAUUUCAACCAAGGAUAAGACACCCAUUCAGAAGCCGUUGCGCUUUGUGGUGCCAUCACGCCACGAGUCGAUGCGUAUCAUGUUUCAUUCUUGCAACGGCUUCAGUGUAGGUACGGAUAUGAAGACAUGGACGGGGCCAGUGCUAUGGAAAGAUGUGCUGCGCGUGCACAACGAGCAGCCUCUGCACAUCAUGAUUGGUGGUGGAGACCAGAUCUACAACGACAGUGUGCGUGUCGAUGGUCCCCUGCGUCCGUGGACGGACAUCUCGAGUCCGAGGAAGCGUCGCGAGUUUCCAUUCAACGAAGAGAUGAGGAAGAAGUGCGAUGACUUCUACUACGACAACUACGUGCGCUGGUAUGGUACCGACGAGUUUGCGCUCGCCAAUGGCCAGAUCGCACAGCUCAAUAUAUGGGAUGACCACGACAUCAUUGAUGGCUACGGCAGCUAUGUACACCACUUCAUGAAAUGCUCCGUCUUUCGCGGCAUAGGAGGUGUGGCACACAAAUAUUACCUUCUCUUUCAGCAUCACAUUCCCCCGCCCCCUUCGACAUACAGCACAGAUGCUCCCCAGACGACGCAGACCACGGGCGAGACCACGGCACCCGAUGCUGUGCAGCUCCAGGACACCUAUGUCAUGACCCCCAAGACCGAGGAUCCCAGCUGGAUUAUUGGUACACGACCAGGGCCAUAUCUGGAAGAGCGAAGCCGCAGCAUCUACUGCCAGCUGGGCAAACGCGUCGCAUUUUUGGGUCUUGAUGCUCGAACCGAGCGCACGAGACAUCAAAUCAAUUACCCGGAGACAUACGACCAAAUCUUCAAGCGAACAAGUGAAGAACUCCAACGAUCGAACGGCAGCAUCAAACAUUUGGUGCUGUUGCUUGGCGUACCGAUCGCUUACCCAAGACUCCAGUGGCUCGAGAACAUCAUCUCCAGUCCCAUCAUCGGCCCCAUCAAGUUUCUUAAUAAGCGCUUUGGUGUUGCAGGCGCUCUCUUCAACCAGUUCGACGGCGGCGUCGAUUUACUUGACGAUCUUGACGACCACUACACGGCCCACCAGCACAAGAAAGAGCGAAAAGCUCUGAUUCACAGGCUCCAGGAGAUCUCCAAGCAGCACAGCGUUCGCAUCACCAUCCUCGGCGGUGAUGUGCACUUGGCAGCUCUCGGGCGCUUCUACAGCAAAGCUUCACUCAACAUCCCGGCAGAGCGCGAUUUCCGCUACAUGCCCAACAUUGUCAGCUCUGCAAUCACCAACAAGCCUCCACCAGCAGCUGUCGCCAAUUUACUCGCUCGACGCAACAAGAUCCACCAUCUUGAUCACGAAACCGACGAGACGCUUCUUGAGAUGUUUGACAAGGAUCCGGGUUUUGGAGAAGAAGGAGUCGAUAGCAAGACUGCGAACAAGAAUCAUGCCACGAUGCCGAGCCGCAACUACGCCAUCAUCAGCGAAUCUCACUCGCAUACUGGUGAUGUGCAGACAAACGGCGCGGCCACGAAUGGUACCACCAACGGAGCUGGUGACGCUUCCAUCGAUACCAACUUCUCCUUGCCAAAGAACAUGCGAGAACCUAUACAUCCGGGCGAGGUCCAAGCAGGUACCCAGCAUCCUGCUGCUGGAGGCAUCAAGAAGACUGGCCUGGGCGGACGCGAUGGUCUCGACGUUUCCAUUCGAGUCGAGAUCAAGCCGGGUGCCAGUGAUGGAAGAACCGAAGGAUACGGCAUUUCCAUUCCUGCUCUUGAGAGUGGAGCUUAUCAGGGCCAAGGCACCUCCUGGUAGGACCAUGAUUGUGCAGAGAAUACGUCGGACCAGCAUCGGCGGCAACAUGCUGCUGCUGCUGCGAUGGCACAAGUAAAGUGGAAAGUGAAAUGUGGCUGUUUUUUCUUCUCUCUGGAAUCUUGCGAUUAGGCGCAUGGCGCACAGCACAUAUUGCGUUUCAUUUUUUUGUUUUCUUGUUUUGGGAGAUACCCCCCGUCUGUACAGUCCUGGGUGUAUGUUUAGAGAAAACAACGCUGCUACUACUAUAUGCCACCAUAUCCAUAUAGUGGUAGUGUUGGAAGGAAAAUCAUAUAUAAUACAUGUAGGAUCAUUAAGAGGCAUUAUUACC